GCGUAGACGGCAUUGGAGUGUGAAAUUUUUCCCCAAGAGUCAAAAAUGCCGUCCCCCCGGUUUUGGUUCCCAUUUUCUUCUUCAGCUCUCUCCACGAAACUCAGAUCAACACUGCAAUCUCUCAUCACCGUUUCCAUCUCUGGUAAUUGAUAUUCGAGGCGUUGAAGUUUAGAACAGGUCUCCAGUGGAUAGGGUACAUUGUUCGGAGAUUGGCAGAAGGGAGUUAAGAUUUAAUGCUGAAAGUAUGGGAUCACUGUGCAGUAGAGACCAACGUAACCAUCAGUCUGAUACUGAAGAAAAGUCACGGACUGCACAAAUAGAGAGACAAAUUGAUCAAGAAACAAAGGCAGAGAAGCAUAUACAGAAACUUGUACUGCUCGGUGCUGGAGAUUCAGGGAAGUCAACCAUUUUCAAGCAGAUAAAACUUUUGUUUUUGAGUGGUUUUGAUGAGGAAGAGCUGAAGAGUUACAUACCGAUCAUCCAUGCCAAUGUUUAUGAAACAAUAAAAAUAUUACUUGAUGGAUCAAAGGACUUGUCUCAAACUGAAGCAGAUUCCUUGAAGUAUGUUAUAUCUGAUCGAAAUAAGGAGAUUGGGGAGAAACUUUCAGAGAUAUGUGAUAGGUUGGAAUAUCCAUGUCUCACUAAAGAGUUGGCACAAGAGAUUGAAGCUUUUUGGAGAGACGAUUCAAUACAGGAAACAUAUUCACGUGGAAAUGAGCUUCAAAUACCGGAUUGUGCCCAUUAUUUUAUGGAAAAUUUACAAAGAUUGUCUGAUAGAAACUAUAUUCCUACAAAGGAAGAUGUUCUUACUGCCCGGGUUCGGACAACUGGUGUUACACAAAUCCAGUUCAGCCCAGUUGGAGAGAACCAAAAAGGUGAAGCAUAUCGACUUUUUGAUGUCGGAGGUCAGAGAAAUGAGAGAAGAAAGUGGAUUCAUCUAUUCGAGGGUGUUACUGCUGUGAUAUUUUGUGCAGCUAUAAGCGAGUAUGAUCAAACACUUUUUGAGGAUGAUAACAAAAAUCGACUGAUGGAGACAAAGGAACUUUUCGAAUGGGUCCUGAAGCAACCAUGCUUCAAGAAAACUUCUUUCAUACUAUUUCUCAACAAAUUUGAUUUAUUUGAGAAGAAGGUUCUCAAAGUACCGCUGAAUGUUUGUGAGUGGUUCAAGGAUUACCAACCAGUUUCAACAGAAAAACAAGAAAUUGAGCAUGCUUAUGAGUUUGUGAAGAAGAAAUUCGAGGAGUUACAUAUUCAGAGCGCUACCCCUGACUGUUCUGACCGAGUCUUGAAGAUCUAUAGGACCACUGCCCUUGAUCAGAAUCUUGUAAAGGAAACAUUUAAACUGGUAGACCAAACUUUGAGGAGGAAAAAUUCUUUUGAAACGGGUUUAUUAUGAUACCAAUCCAAUGAAACUUUAUAGCAAAGAAACAUCAUUUAUUGUAGGCUUGCUCAAGAUUGGACCUUACUCAUUAGGCACCAGUGUUUGUAUCUACUCUAUUGAUAUUGUUAGCUUGAAAUCCGCCCAGGAAAUCUUUUCUGACGAUGUAUCAAGUAUCUGAAGACAAUAUAACUUUCACCCAAUGUUUUAUGUAAUUCUUGUGAAUGAUUUGAAAAAAUAUAUAUAUUUAAUCUUAAUUAUUUUGCAGCA